UAACUUAUUUGCAAUAUUAAAAAGUAAAUAAUUAUGAGCUAUUUAAUAAAUAUACCCAUUUUGCUUUUAAGCAUUAUAUUAGUGUAAGCAAAUUAAAAAUCAGUUUCACAAUGCCUUCCUAAAAACAAUUAUGGAUGUCUAGAUAUACUAGGAGAUUGUGCAUAAAGUACAUUUUCGUGUGCUGAUUACUGUUCUUCAAACAGUGACUGCCAUCUAAAUUGUUGCUACUAAAAUUAUUGCAUUGCUGGAAGUAAGUGCAUUGAUAAUAGCUCACCAAGUAAUAAUAGUGCAAUAUUCCUCGCUAUCUUUUUACCUGUAUUUUUUGGGACUUUUUUUUUGAUUAUUAUAAUUAUUUGCAUUGUAAGAAAGUGUAUAAUAAGUAACCGCAACAAAGGUGUAGUAGCCUAAACGAAUUAAGCUGCUAUUAAUAAUUAAUUUUAAAUGAACUAAGAAAUGCUGAGAUAAAAUGCAUAAAUGCAAUAAAUGUAUUAUAACUAAUAACCUUAGUAAGUGGGAGCCAUCUAACCUUAUAACUACCAAAAUAAUUUCCAACCAGCUUUCGAUAACUAGAUACCCUAAAUGCAACCUUAUAAUAUGAAUUAAAUGUAUUAUCCACAAUAGUAGUAUAUGUAACCAUAACAAUAAUUUUAACCAACAUCAGUUAAUCCUAGCUAGUAAAUGCAGCCACAGCAAGCAUACACACAAAAACCACCAGAAAACAAUAAUAAAUAACAAUUAGUAACUUAUAUUUGA